GGCAUGAAGCGCGGUAACAGCGCUGCGGCAAAUCACUACUAACCUGGACGCUCUUCAGUGCACUUACCGACCAGCAGUUCUCCCUGUUCUACACUAUUUUAAGCAUCCAAAAUACGAUGGCCACGGAAGCGAAAUUUAAAGAUGCUGCAGAGAGCGCGAAGGCAUUCACGAAGCGGCCCAGUGAUGAUGAACUUCUGGAGCUGUACGCCCUCUUCAAGCAAGCCACUGUAGGGGACAAUGACACAGCGAAACCAGGGAUGCUGGACUUAAAAGGCAAAGCGAAAUGGGAAGCGUGGAACGGCAAGAAGGGAGUGUCCAAAGAGGCCGCCAUGGAAGCUUACAUAGAACUGGUUGAGAAAUUGAAGGCUGAAUACGCUUGACCAACUGCAGCAGGCAUUUAACUUAUUCAGGGAGAAAAAUCCGAGAAAGCAUUGUCAAGACUUAUAUCUGUACAUACUUUUAUAUUAUCAUGGCAUGAUAUAUUAAAAUAAAAUAAAUUUAAAAACAAUA